AUGACGAGGACCGCCGUCCGGCAGCUGCCCGUCCGAGCCCGGUCGUGUCAGGUACUGCUCCUCCUAGACCCCCUGAUGGGCGCUCGCGACUUUAGGAACGAUCUUCUCGGCGCCAUCACACCGCCCUUGGCCGACAUCGACAUCACCGAGCGGCUGUUCACGUCCGAGGACGACCUCCAAGCCGCCAUAGAAGACGCCGCGGACAUCUCCGACCCUCAGUUUUCCGUUUCCAAGUCGCCGAUCUUUCCGGAGAACGCGCUGCAGCUACAGUUCGACGGCCCCGCGCCCACCCCGAGCCCGUCCUCCUUCGGCGGGAGCAGCAGCCGCAUCACGCCCAGCCGGAGCCCCGCGCGCUCCCCUUUCCGUCCCAACGCCGACGGCGACCGGGAGGAAGAGGGCGCGCGGCGCACGGUGCGCUUCCGCUCGCGCGUGCGCAUCGCGUCCGGGAUCCCGCGCGAGCGCCGGGGGAGCUACGGCGCCGACUCGGCCGCGAGCGACUCGCCGUCGAGCAGCAUCUCGGCGCCGCUGCGCCGCGCGUCGGGCGGCGGAGAGGACGACCCCCGCGCGUCGUACGCCAAGCGGCUGCUCGCCAUGACCGUGGCCGCGCGGCAGAAGCGGGCCGCCGCCGCCGCUGCUGCAGACGUGGAGGAAGGGGGGAGGCGCGCUGCUGUGGGGACGCCGGCGCCGGGCCGGAGGAGGCGGACGUUCGACGAGCGGGACGCGCUGCGGCGCGGGCCCCGGCGCCGGCCGUAUGUGUGCGACGUGGACGAGGACGACGAGGUUGAGGAGGAAUCGGACACGGAGGAGGCGCGGCGGAAGAGCGAGGAGGAGAUCGUGUUCGGGCCGUGGUCGAGGCGGAUCUUCGACCGACAUUGGUGGAGGUGGAAGAUCGAGUCUGUGACCUGCUGGUGCUGCAACGACGAUGACGACGAUGGCUGA